AUGGCUGCACCUUUCACUCUGCUGGUUUUGUGCUGCACAUUCAGACUGAGCUGCACUGAGAAUCCACCUGAAUGGUUCCACAACAUUUCUACCAGUCUUUUCGAUUUGUCUGGGGACAUUAUGCUCGGAGGGCUCUUUCCCAUUAAUCAGCUCUCCAGCAACCUCAGCCAGAGGCGGGAGCCGAACAACAUCAGCUGUGAAAGUUUAGAUGAAUUUGGAUUGGGCCUCACUCUAGUAAUGAAAUAUGCAGUGGAUGAGAUCAAUGCAAACCAGAUUAUGCUCCCUGGCAUAAAGUUGGGUUAUAAAAUCUAUGAUACAUGCAGACAAUCUGCCGUCGUUGUGAGGCCCACCAUGUCUUUCCUCACUGCAAAAUCGAACAAAGAGCUAUCUGUGGAGUGUGAUUACACAAACUAUGAGACCAGCAUAUCAGCCGUGAUUGGUCCUCUUAGCUCAGAAAUGGUGUCCAUCAUAGGGAAGCUUCUGGGAUUCUUUCUGAUGCCGCAGGUAAGCUUCGGUGCCACCAGUGACAAAUUCAGUAACAAGCUUCUCUACCCGUCAUUCUUCCGUACGGUGCCCAGUGACAAAUGGCAAGUGGACGCCAUGGUGCUCCUGCUGAAGGAGUUCAACUGGAACUGGGUGGCAGUGGUGGGCAGUGAAGAGGAAUAUGGACAAGGAGCUGUGCAGGAAUUUGCCAAAACAGCAGAAAAUAUGUCUGUCUGUGUGGCUUAUCAGGGACUGAUUCCAGUGUAUACUGACCCUGAACCAGCAAUAGAAACCAUCAUCAACAAUAUCCAAGCAACCGAUGUUGAAGUGGUAGUGGUCUUUUCUCUCUCAGUGCAAGCUGAACAAUUUUUUAAAGAGGUCAUCCGGAGGAAUGUAACUGCUGUCUGGAUUGGCAGCACAGGUUGGAUCGUCAGUACUCUACUUACUACGCUCCCUAAUAUCCAAACAGUCGGCACAAUCAUUGGAUUCAAGGACAAGACCCAGAACCUGGACCUGCUCACUGCCUACACACAGGAGCUCUUCACCAAACUGAGUGAAGAGAGGGCAAAGACUACCGUUCCAGCACAAAAGUCCACAGGCUUUCCUGACAAUCCCUGCGCACAAUGUCGGAACCUGUCACCUGCUAACAUUAGCACGGUGAUGGGCUCUGGUGUGAAGCACACAGCUUUCAGUGUGUAUGCUGCCAUCUACAGUGUGGCACAGGCCCUGCACAACCUGCUGGGAUGCAAUUCAACUGCCUGUGUGCAGGGACCGAAAACCAAGAUCCUUCCCUGGAAGCUGUUGGAGGUUUUAAAGAAUACUUCUGUAGACAUAAAUGGAACGCAUUUAGAGUAUGACAAUGAUGGCAACCCAAACAUAGGAUACGAUAUGAUUGAGUGGGUCUGGAAAGCUUCGGGUUUAGAUUUUGUAGAUGUUGGAAACUUUCAAGGACAACUGUACAUCAACAAAACCCUCUUCAAGUGGCACACUGCAAACUCUGAGGUUCCUCAGUCCACCUGUUCAGCAGCAUGUGAGAAAGGCCAAGUCCGCAGAGUCAAAGGCUUCCAUUCCUGCUGUUUCGAUUGUAUCGACUGUCUGCCGGGAACUUACCGGGCAAAUACAGACGACAUCCAGUGCACAAAGUGCCCACAUCGUAAAUGGUCUUCGACACGCAGCAAUAAUUGCACUGAACCCACCUUUUUUUUUUUGUCCUGGGACACGCCUGAGGCUCUGGAAAUUACACUGGCUGUGGUGCUGCUAAUGGUAUGUCAGAUUUCAGUGGGUGUUGUGUUCCUGAAACAUCGGAGGACCCUGUUGGUAACAGCCUCGGGGGGAGCGCUGAGUUUUGUGGCUCUGCUUAGCCUGAUGGGAGCUUGCCUCAGUCUGCUGCUCUUCCUGGGGCAGCCAGGGGACGUGGUGUGCCGUCUUCAGCUGCCCCUCACCUCUAUUUUCCAAACAGUGGCCCUCUCCAUUAUGACGUCCAUCUCACUGCAGAUUCUGUACGUGACAGAGUUCCCAAAGAUGGCCGCCUCUCACCUGCACACACUAAGAGGCCCUGGAAGCUGGCUGUUUGUGUUUGUCUGCUGUACAGUGCAGGCUGGUCUCUGUGGCUGGUUUGUUCAGGAAGCACCUUUUCUGUCGAAAUUUGUGUUAGACAUGGAAAUAGACUUUGAGAGAGCAUUUCUGUCAUGUCCAAUGUCACCCUUGGUUGGAUUUGCUGUAAUACAAGGUUUCAACGUCGCAAUGGCCCUUAUAUCAUUCAUGUGCACCUUCAUGGCAGCAAAGCCUCUUCAUCAGUAUAACCUCGCCAGGGACAUCACCUUUUCAUCUUUGUUCUACUGUGUGAUUUGGGUGGCCUUUAUUCCGAUCUACAUAGGUUUGAAUCAGAAGAACAGGUCUAUCGUCCAUGUUUCUUUCACCCUGGCAAGCAACUUGGGAUUGGUGGCAGCCUACUACUUCCCAAAAUGCCACUUGCUGUUGAAAAAGCCUGAGCUCAAUACAGCACAGCACUUUUGUACCUUCCUAGAGGGUGCUCCAGUGACGCAGGCUCAGGAAGAGUCGGUGAAAUAA